GCCCUUGUUGACUUAACAGGUGGCUCUGAGGUGGGAGAAGAGGAGGAGGAGAACACACCACUGAAAGACUGGCUCCCAUUGGUCCCUGUCAUGCUUAAAAGAGGCCCAGAGAGGCAGUCUCGACACCUUAGAUCCCAAGAUCUCCAAGGAUUUGGUGGCAUACCCGCUCUAGCACACAGAAGCAUGAGGUUCAUGACUCUCCUCUUCCUGGCAGCUCUGGCAGGAGCCCUGGUCUGUGCCUAUGACCCAGAGGCUGCCUCUGCCCCAGGAUCGGGGAACCCUUCCCAUGAGGCAUCAGCAGCUCAAAAGGAAAAUGCAGGUGAAGACCCAGGGUUAGCCAGACAGGCACCAAAGCCAAGGAAGCAGAGAGCCAGCCUUCUGGAAAAAGGCCUAGAGGGAGCAAAAAACACUCUGGGGGGACUCGGAACCCUAGGAAAAGAUGCAGUUGAAGAUCUAGAAAGUGUGGGUAAAGGAGCCGUCCAUGACGUUAAAGACGUCCUUGACUCAGUACUAUAGCUGUAAGGAGAGGCUGAGAAAUGAUGCCCAGGAGCAGCAGGCUUUAAGUCUUCAGCCCAAAACCUAAAAAAAAAAAAAAAAAAAAAAAAAAAAUUAAAAACAGCUAUUAAACUGAAAGCAUCUGUAA